AACAUUUUCUAGGAAAUCAUUUUUCAUGGAAACAUUUUCAUUCAUACCAAACACAAUCUAGAUUUCGAUAUCUUAAUAAUAAGGAAAGUCAUUUUAAGAGAAUAUAUUAUCUCUAAUUCCGAAAUCACCUCCUUAAUUGCUUCUUUCUUUCCUUUUGCAAAAUAGACAAAGAAAGGUGACUAAGUGGAGUAUUAUGUGAAACCCUUAAGAACCAAAAGAAAAGAUCUCUGAAGAAGAGCCAAUUAACAAGAAAAAUGCUCCGUAGAUUCAUUGUUUCCCCUUAUGAACGCCUUUAUAGGGCAUGGGAGAUUUUCCUGGUGGUACUAGUGAUUUAUACAGCUUGGAUGUCCCCUUUUGAGUUGGGAUUUCUUAAGGAACAAGAAGGACCACUCUCCAUAAUUGACAAUGUUGUCAAUGCAUUCUUUGCAAUUGAUAUAAUACUCACCUUCUUUGUAGCAUAUCUGGAUAAAACCACGUACCUACUUGUUGAUGAUCACAAGCAGAUUGCUUGGAAGUAUGCAAGAACUUGGUUUGUAAUUGAUGCCGUAUCAACAAUUCCUUCUGAACUUGCUCGCAAGAUUACCCCAAAUCUAGUACGUCAAUAUGGCUUAUUCAAUUUGCUACGUGUCUGGCGUUUACGAAGAGUUGUUGUCUUGUUUGCCAGGUAAUUAAAUUAUCUCAUCAUAGUUGCACUAUAUGUUGUGUGUCGGUGGAGGCCGAAUUUUUUGUAAGCGGUAUCACCACAGAGAUAUAAGAAGUAAGAAGAGAAACAACAACAAUUGCAAAUUACAGAAAAAUAGGAGAAUUUUUUCAAAUUAUGAUUCUAAAUUAAUCAGUUUUCAGAUAUUGAAUUAUUUAUUAUCACUAUAAUGGUGUUAAGUGAUCUUUGAUAAAUUAGUUUUUUAUUAUUCAACCUAGAGAAGGGCAAAGUUUGAUUCUAGCUGCCUCUGGUUUUCACAGACAAGAGGCUUAAGAAAAAAUGUACGUAAAGAGAUAGUUUAAGCCAGCAUAGAAUUUUACAGAAAGCAUUGUGUCAUUUAAUUUAUAAAUACUACUUUUCUCACAUUGUUUUGUGUGCGUAAUAAGUAAAACUUUCCAGCAAAGGGUAUCGGAUGGCACACUAAUGUGCGUUCGCCUCA